AUGUCUAGAUCUAAGUUGACUUGCGGUUUCGCAGUUGUCUCCGGCAUCGUGGUGGUAUACGAUUGGGUCUUGACACUCGGACAAGAGGUUGAGCUCAUCUGGAGACAACGCUGGUCUCUCAUGACUGUGUUGUAUUUGGCUAUACGCUAUGUUGGAAUACCGUAUUCUGUCUCUGACAAUCAGUGCCAGAGUUCUGCCAAAUAUGAUAUGGGUCUCGCUGACAGAUGCAUCAUCAUGAUUGCUCGGUUGCAUGCAAUGUAUCAGGGAUCUAGGGCGAUGCUUAUCUUCCUUAUUAUCAUUUUCCUGACUGUAAACAUUGCCUGCGGAGUAAUCAUAGCAAUAAUACUGAAAGAUACUGUAGGGGAGGAGUUGAUAAUCUCUGGCAUGUAUAUGUGCCAUUAUGGAUAUGAAGGGGACGUCCAGCCUCUUGUUUCAGUGUUUUGGACACUCAACACUGUUUGGGAGGUUCUCGCACUGUCCCUUUCAGUCUGGAUUGUUGUGAAACACUUCCGUGAGCUGCGACGACUCGGCCCAUCGACAGGAUCGAUUAUCGGGGACUGUUUCAGAGUGCUGAUGCAAUCUCAUGUGCUUUAUUUUGCGAGCUCUGUUUGUAUCUCUUGCCUUGAACUUACAAUUCCCGCUCAAGAGCUCAUGAAUAAAAAUUCUAUUGCAACUCAGAUACUUAAUGGUGCUGUUCCGAUUUUAUCGGUCGUGCAGAUGUUUGUGCUGGGACCACGCCUCAUUCUUAGCGUUCGAGAAUACCACGCCAAACUCAUGGAAGACUCCGACGCAGAAACUAGCAUGAAUUCGAUUGUUAUUGUUUUCAAGGAGCGUGUACAUGUAUCCACUAGCAGUACUGUAUAG